AUGGCUUCAGAAGGUGGAGAGAAACCAGAGGUUUUUGGUGUGGAGCGGGUGGCAGUUACUACAAGGUCAUAUGAUUGGAUCAUUCCCACACUGAGGUUGCUUGCAUUUUUUGCGACGCUUGCUGCGGCACUUGUAAUGGCGCUUAACAAACAAAAGAAAACUUUUGUUGUUGCCACUAUAGGAACCACUCCAAUACAAGUUACUCUCACCGCCAAAUUUCGACACACUCCAGCAUUUGUAUUCUUCGUGAUAGUUAAUGGCAUUGCUAGUCUCCAUAACUUGUUGAUGUUAAUCGUCAAUCUCGUGGGACGCAAGUUUGAUUACAAGGGACUUCGCCCUUUAGUAAUUGCAGCAUUAGACAUGAUGAACGUGGCUCUCGUCUCCGGUGGAGUGAAUGCGGCUGCCUUCAUGGGUCAGCUGGGUAGGGAUGGGAAUUCUCAUGCAAGGUGGAAUAAAAUUUGUGACAAAUUUGAGAGCUAUUGUGACCGUGGAAGUGGUGCCAUGUUGGCUUCUUUUAUCGGCCUCGGACUAAUGAUCAUCGUCAACAUUAUCUCCAUUGUCAAGCUUCGCAAUCAUAAACUUGUUAACUCUUCUAUUGUUCCUUGA